GACGUGUGAGGCGAUGGGGAUCCCGCAGCUCGUCAGGGGUCGUUCGCACUGACCGUCUGGGUGGGGGGGCUUUUCAACUGGAGAGGCAUCACCGAUGUCACCGGGUUCAGCCGGGGGGGACAGCUGCCCGGUUCGUGGUGAAGGAGAAGCGAUCGGAGCGCGGCUGGUUGGAGCGGCAAUGGCUGCGCCGUAGCGCAACUUUGCGGACGCACGGUGGAUUGAUCGACGGCGCUCGGAAACUUUUCUCUUGCCUUGUAGGAGAAGACGAGGAAAAGAAGCAGACAUGAAGAAGCAGUUUAAUCGCAUGAGGCAGCUUGCCAACCAGACCGUAGGAAGGGCGGAGAAAACCGAGGUCCUGAGUGAUGACCUCCUCCAGAUCGAGAGGCGGAUGGAUACGGUGCGCUCGGUGUCGCACAACAUGCACAAGAAGCUGGCGGCGUGCAUGCAAGGCCAGCUGGGCACGGACAACGAGAGGAGACAAAAAAAGCUGCCGCUGACGGCGCUGUCCCAGGCCAUGCAGGAAGGAGGCGGGCAGCUCGGAGACGAAAGCCUGAUUGGCAAGAUGAUGGACGUGUGUGGAGAGGCAGAGAGCCAUUUAGCCGCCGAACUGCUGCAGCAUGAAGUGACGGUGGAGCGAGACAUCCUGGAACCUCUCAACCAGCUGGCAGAGGUUGAGAUUCCCAACAUACUGAAGCAGAGGAAGCAACUGGCCAAGCUGGUUCUCGAUUAUGACUCAGCUAAGACGAGGUGGGUCCAGGCUACAAAGUCCAGCAACCAGGCCAUGGCAGCUAAAGUCGAUUCGCUCAAAGACGAGAUGGAUGAAGCUCUCAAUAAAGUAGAAAUGUGCAAGGACCAGCUCUCUGCAGACAUGUACUCCUUCGCUUCCAAAGAGGGAGACUACGCACGCUAUUACGUCCUGUUGUUAGAGGCCCAGGCAGAGUACCACAGGAAGUCUCUGGCGGCUCUGGAAGCAGCCAUACCAACGAUCAAAACGCAGCAAGACUCGUGGAUGGAGAGGCCGGCGUUCGGCACGGCCCUGGAGGAACACCUGAAGCGGACGAACCGUGAGAUCGCCCUGCCGAUAGAGGCCUGCGUCAUGAUGCUGCUGGAGACCGGCAUGAGGGAGGAGGGUCUCUUCAGAAUAGCAGCCGGAGCUUCAAAACUGAAGAAGCUCAAAGCGGCGUUGGACUGCUCCACCUCGCAGCUGGAGGAGUUCUACUCCGAUCCCCACGCCGUCGCUGGAGCUCUAAAGUCCUACCUCAGGGAACUUCCGGAACCGCUGAUGACUUUUGGCCUGUACGACGAGUGGACACAGGCCUCCAACGUGUCUGACCCUGACAAGAGGCUUCAGGCUCUGUGGAUGACAUGUGACCAGCUGCCAAAGGCUCACAAAGCCAACUUCAAGUAUCUGGUGAAGUUUCUGGCUAAACUGGCUCAGGACAGCGAGGUCAAUAAAAUGACUCCCAGCAACAUUGCCAUCGUUCUGGGACCCAACCUGCUCUGGGCGAAGACCGAGGGGACGCUGGCGGAGAUGGCUGCAGCUACGUCUGUCCACGUGGUGGCCAUCAUUGAGCCCAUCAUCCAGCACGCCGAUUGGUUUUUCCCUGAUGAUUUGGAUUUCAAUGUGUCGGGCAUGUUUUCCAUGCCCAGCCAUCCGCCCACCCCGGACCUCGAACCCGGCUUGGACAGGAAACGCCCCGGCAGCCAGGGGCACGACGGGGACAGUCACACUCCCCGUAAAGACAGCCCUGUUAACAAACAGCCGGAGCCCACUCCACGCAGACUCGGCACUGUAAAUAGAAAGCCGCUAACCUCGCCCACCUUCCAACCCUCCCUGCCCCCUCUGGAGGCCGGGGGUCCCGCCCCGCUUGAGCUGCCGCCCCAGCCUCUAACAGACGCCGAGCAGGCCGGCCCGAGCGCGGGUUCUGUGGGGGGUGGAGGUGGUCUGGGUGGUGGGGUCCAGGUAGCCACAGUGCCACCUCAGUUUGUUAACCAGCUCAGCGCAGAGGAGAGCAGCCCGGCCCGGGAGCACGUGUCCACCCCUCCUCCCCAGAGGAAUGGUUCAGCCCAUCUCACAGUAGGAACCCCUCACGGCGGGUCCCGGGGGCCGAGCCCGCACAUGUCCCGCAGAGGCACGAAGAAGCAGGCUCCAGCUCCCCCCAAGCAGGCCAGCCCCUUCGCCUCCCCCUACCACCCCCCCGUCACGCCCCGCCGUCUAACCAGCAAGGAGGCUCUGAUCCACGCCCCGAGCCACCCGCCCCCGCAGCCGCCUCAGGCCCACGGGGAGUCGGAUCCCUCCCCGCCCAGAACUCCCACCCCGCCUGACACUCCACCUCACGACGGAUCACACUCCAUCCCGCACCCUUCCUACAAUUCCGGCUCGCUGCCUCGCCCCUCGAGACCAGUUCCAAAGCCUCGCCCCCGACCCAGCAUGCCGCCGCCCCCGCAGCCCGCAGCCAACGACGGCAGCAAUGACCUCCUCAGCUCCGCCUCCAAGAUCAUCACAGAUGGAUCUGGUCUGGCCAUCAAGGGGAUUGGAAGAGCGAUCGUCCCCGAGGUGAUCGUCAACCCGCAAAGGGAGAGCUCUGCUGGUCAGGAGCCCGCCGCCACCUCAGACCUUUACUCGGACCUUAACCUCCAGACCGAGAACACAGCUCUGUGAAGGAGGAGGCUCGUCUCGAACCUCAGCUGGUCCUCAUUUAAAGUGUUUAGAGUCCGACGUGAGUCAGAUAACACAACAUGCAUCAGUGUGCGCCAGGUCUGCUCACGGCCUGAGCUGCUUCCUGGACUCAGAUCGCUGCCUUUUCUACGACAACACGGACUCAAACCCAAAAAAAAAAACUAUUAUAAAGUGGUGCUUUAAACCACAAAACUCCUGUCCAGCUGUCUUUAUUAUAGACUUUACAUUUUGCUCUAUAUAUUGCUGGUAUUUUGAUACGUGUCUGCUGAGACUUAAACCCGUUGCCUCAAAAACCACAGCUGAACUCAGAGUGUUGGUCAAGCAUUGAUGCUUCAAUUAUCUUCUGCUUCUUUUCAAAUGAUUGCUGUAAAUUUUAAGGAUUUCAAGAAACAGAAGUCGACCAGUCCGGUUUUUGCGACCCUUUAGACCAAGUGGAGCCAGGUCGAGUAUUUUACCGGGUUUUAAUAACAUUCUGGUAUUCUUCUUUCAUCAUAUCAAAUUCACAGCUAAUUGCAAUCAUUUUAAAUUAUAAGUGCCUUCUGUUGCACACGGGGCGCAUGCAUAGGGUAAAGGACCAAAGACAGUUCUCUCCUUCCUUUUUUACAUUUGCGAGUGACCAAAUAUUUUGACACAGUGCAAUAUAAGUGCAAUCGUCUUACAGUUUUAUAGAAAUCCAGCAGUUUGGAAAUGUGUUUUCCACUGACGAGAAUCCCAAGCGGAAUUUCUGUUGAAUCAAAUAUGCUUUUAUUAUUCAAACAGCUGAUUUUAAAUGGUGUAAAUGAUCACUCCCUCUCAAACUCAUAGCUAUAACCAAAAAAAGUGAAAUCAUGUUUGUGUAUAAUUUUUUUUACUAUUAUUAUUAUUUCUCAGGCAUUUUGCCUUGUGAAGAUAUUUGUCACCUUUUUUUUCCCCUCUAUUCUGCAUUUUUAUGGUGGUUCCUCUGGCCGUAAUGCAUCAUACAGUGCAUUUUAACAAUAAUAAAUAAAGAUUGCUUAACUGUU